AUGGUUCUCCCCCGUAUCUGGGGGUGCAUUGCCGCGCUCGCUUGGGCAGCCAGCGGAGAUUAUGUGUCCACCAACUACGAAAAGUACAACGAGGGAGCGCUCGGCCACCGUCCUCAUCUAGAGUUUCACUCCAGCAGCGAAUAUUCCCCUCUCCUGCAGGUCAAUGUAUGGGAUCAGAACGCCAUCUCCGACACGGGAUCCCAUAUCUUUCUCCGACAUGACGGGAACGACUCUUCGCCGCUGUCGUCGCCGCUCAUUUUGGAUUCGAACGACUUGAGCGCUGUCUACAUGAAUCGAUCCUUCAAGAACGUCUUCGGCACCCGAGUCCAGGAGAACUUUGGCAAGAAGUAUCUUACGUUUUGGGCUGGUGACAAAGGCGAUGGUAUUGGGGACGGCUAUGGACUCGCCUACGACGACACUUAUCGCCUGGUUUACAAGAUAUCUGCACAGAAUAUCCAAGUACACAGUGACCUCCAUGAGUUUGCCUUUACGGGUAAUGGAACCGCUCUGGUUACGGGUGUUGACAAGCUUCAACGGCGUGCAUCAGACUUCCCUCAGUGGCUGGUACCCUCCCGGUUCGAGGUCUUAGACGCCAUAUUUCAGGAAAUUGACCUCGAAACGAACGAGGUACUCUUCAACUGGCGAGCCCUGGAUCACAUCAACCCCAUGAACUCAUAUGAGCCGAGAGGCAGAGGUUGGGAUGCCUAUCACUUGAACAGUAUUGAGAAGACCCAGGCAGGCAACUAUCUUAUCUCGAUCCGUCACCUGUUUACUAUAUUCCUCAUCGACGGGAAGACGGGCGACAUUAUCUGGAGACUGGGUGGCAAACUCAACGACUUUGUCGAAUUACCUCCCGCAAAAGGCGCCGAGUCCGCCGAACCCGUGCUGACCAUGAGCUGGCAACACCACGCCCGCUUCGUUCCGGGAACCAAUGAGACUCAGAUAACUCUGUUCGAUAACCACUCCAAGCUUACCACGCACGGCAUAUGUGAGUCUGACUGCUCUCGUGGUCUGCACAUCGCCAUCAAUGACACCACCUCGCCCCCAACCGUCCAGCUAUUGCGCGAGUACCGUCACCCAUCGCAGCUCCAGGCUCAGAGCCAAGGCAGUAUGCAGCCCCUCUCACCCUCCACUGACGAUCUCGGCAAUGUGUUCAUUGGCUGGGGGCGGUGUCCGACGUUCACGGAGCAUAGCUCGUCGGGCCGGACAGUCAUGGACGUGCAGUUCUCUCCGUGGCACAGCGACGACAUCCCUGACGCGCUCGACAACUACCGCGCGUACAAGAUGGACUGGUCGGCCACGCCCUGGUGGGAUCCUGCCAUCGCCCCGAGGAAGAACCGGGAGGGCGAGCUGGUUGUCUACGUCAGCUGGAAUGGAGCGACAGAGGUAGCGAGCUGGGUUGUUCGGGGAGCGGCCAGUAGUCUGCCGAGGACGAAAAGCGAAGUGCUGUCGAUGUCACGGCGGACUGGCUUUGAGACCAAAUUGACGAUUGGGCAGACUGAUCGGCGAUACUUGUGGGCCGAAGCUGUGGAUGUCAAGGGUCGCGUACUUGGGUCAACUGAGGUUGUGGACUUGAAGACUACGAAUCUAUCGGUCGCCUAUGACACAUACGACGAGACUGAUUGCUCGUUUCCUCCCCCUAACACAGAGAAGUCUGUUACAUUCUCAACAACGGCCCUGGCCUUGAUGGGUACCGGGGUAGGCGUGUUCGUCUUGGCGAUGAUCGCGACGGGAGUCUUCCUGUGGCGCCGGCGCAGGGGCUACAAUCACCUGAAAGCAGAAGACUUUGACCUAGACUUGGAGGAAGAUUUCGAUGAUGUGCAUCACGACGGUGAGGAAGUCGAUGACAAGGAUGUUGAUGUUGAUCCACAAUUAGGCAUGGACGAAGACCGCCGUGCUCUUAUUCCGAAACCAGAACCGGCGAAGUAG